UUAAACUUACUCCUAAUCCUUCAAGUCAAAAUCCGAUUCAACCCAUUCAUAUGUUCGAUAAUAAUUAUACUGCCCCUCAACCACCUGAUGACUCUUACACAUCCGAACCAUUAAAUUAUCCACAUCAACCUCGAUUUCCACCCUCGUCAAGUGGAAUAUCACGUACUCAACAAAAACUUUUACUUCAAAGGCAACAUUUUCUUGCAGAUGAUGAAAAUUAUUUAAUUCAUCCACGCAAUCAAUUAAGAUUAACUAAAGUUAUUGAAAGGAUUAACAGAGAACAUGCAGCUAUAACAUUAUUUAGAGAUCCAAUUAUUGAGAGUUUGCAAAGAGUUUGGCCAAAAUACGUUCAAGAUCAUCCUGAAGUGUUGGGGGAUGAUUUUGGUGUUGGGUAUGAAGAUGCAAAAGAAUGGGGGGUAAUUUCGGAUCAUGGAAAAAGCGUGGAUCAUAUCGGGUCAAAUUCAAUUAUAAGUACUGAAACGCUGGGUGUUGAUUCUAUGCCUUUACGUGGAAUUAAAUAAUAAUAGAAAUUUCAUAGAAUGAGAUCAUAAACAUGUUACUGAAUACUUAGAAAAAAAUUUUCUUAUACAAAUCUUUCAGAGAAGAAAAAAAAGAAAUAAAUUAUAAUCUUGAUAUUUUUUUUUAAUUUGUCAUCAUUUCCCUAUUUCUACGAAUAAUGAUCAUUGUUGACAAAUUCACGUGAUAUUUAUCACGCACUCGAGUGUUGGUCGAUAAUACUAAACUAAGUCACAUUGCUUUUCCCGAGAGCUUUUAUAGUUAGUUUAUAUAUUUAAUAAUCUUCUUUUCACGCUUUGUUUGACUAAUAAUAUAAAGUACAUAACAUCUC